CCUUCGCUUUCCAAAUUUUACUCUAAUAGCAGACCCUUCAAAAAAAAAAAAAAAUUACAUCUCGAUAUUUUUAUUUUCAUUUCAAUCUCUGUUUAAAAAGCUUUCUCUUUUAAAGAUUUUUAUUUUUAUUUUCAAGCAAGUCAUCUUGUUGAAAACAAAAAGAAAUUCUUUUUUUUUUUUAAUUUUUGUGAAAAAAUUAAUUGGAAAAUUGUGAAUUUAACCAUCCAAAGGCAAAAUAUUUCAUUUUGAAAAUUUCUGGGUUUUUUUAGUGAAGAAAAUCGAUAAGGAAGAGAGGUUGAAGAAGACCCAGAUGUCAAAACGGCGGCGUUUUAACAGUUGGGAUUGAUCGAAAGCUUAAAAAGAAACUAAAAAAAAAAGAUUGCUUUUUUUUUUAUAUAUUUUUUUCCCGAUGGAGCAAGGUUAAUAAUAGGUAGUUAAGUGUUUGUUUUCAAUUUUUCAUUGAUGGGAAAAGUGGUAUUAGGGGUGGCAGUAGGGGUGGCGGUGGCGGCGUGUACGGUUGCGGCGUUGGUAGUAGGGAGGAGAGUAAGGAGUAGAAGGAAGUGGAAAAGAGUGGUUGGGGUUUUAAAAGAAUUGGAAGAAAGCUGUGAAACAACAGUUGGGAGAUUAAAACAAGUGGUGGAUGCCAUGGCUGUUGAGAUGCAUGCUGGUUUAGCUUCUGAAGGAGGAUCCAAACUCAAAAUGUUGCUCACUUUUGUUGAUAGUCUACCUUCUGGGAGUGAGAAAGGAAUUUUUUAUGCUCUAGAUCUUGGAGGUACUAAUUUUAGGGUCUUACGGGUUGAACUAGGAGGUCAAAGAUCCGAUUUGGAUCCAGAUGUGGAGCAACAACCCAUUCCCGAGCAGUUGAUGACUGGCAGAAGUGAGGACCUUUUUGAUUUUAUAGCAUCAUCAUUGUAUCAAUUUGUCGAAAAAAAUGAUUCUGUGCAAUCUCCGAUCACGAAACUACUCGGGUUUACAUUCUCUUUUCCGGUUAAACAAACAUCUGUCUCAUCGGGGGUUUUAAUAAAAUGGACGAAAGGAUUCGCAAUUAGAGACAUGGUCGAAAAAGAGGUUGCUGGAGCUUUACAACAAGCACUGACCCGGAAAGGUUUAAAUAUGCGAGUUUCUGUGCUGGUGAAUGAUACUGUUGGAACAUUAGCUCUCGGACAUUAUCAUGAUGCGGACACUGUUGCUGCAGUGAUAAUUGGGACAGGUACGAACGCCUGCUACUGGGAAAGGACUGAUGCUAUCAUUAAGUGCCAAGGACUCCUUACAACUUCCGGUGGCAUGGUUGUCAAUAUGGAAUGGGGGAAUUUUUGGUCAUCUCAUUUACCAAGAACUUCGUAUGAUGUCAAAUUGGAUGCUGAGAGUCCUAAUCCAAACGAUCAGGGCUUUGAGAAAAUGAUAUCAGGCAUGUAUCUGGGUGACAUUGUUAGGAGAGUGAUUUUAAGGAUGUCAGAAGAGUCGGAUGUUUUUGGACCGGUUUCUUCCAGGUUAUAUGUGCCUUUCACCUUAAGGACGCCUUUAAUGGCUGCAAUGCACGAAGACGACUCCCCCGAAUUAACACAAGUUGCAAGAAUCUUAAAAGACUUUCUUGAUAUCCCGGACAUUCCCUUGAAGGCCAGGAAGCUCGUUGUGAAGAUAUGCGACGUGGUAACCCGGAGAGCUGCUCGUUUGGCAGCAGCUGGCAUCGUUGGGAUCUUGAAAAAGAUCGGCCGGGACGGAAGCGGUGGCAUCACGGGUGGAAGAAGUAGAAGCGAUAUCAAGAUGAGAAGAACGGCAGUGGCGGUCGAGGGAAGUUUAUACACACAAUACACAAUGUUUCGAGAUUACUUGCACGAAGCGUUGAACGAAAUAUUGGGAGAAGAUAUUGCACGGCACGUUGUUAUUAUUGUAACGGAAGACGGGUCGGGGACUGGAGCGGCUCUACUCGCGGCUUCACAUUCAUCGGAAAAUGUCAAUAACAUACAAUUGAUAUAAAUAUAUGUUCAUAUACAUAUAUAGAUAUAGUCCCUGUAAAUGUAGAAAUCAAUAUCAUAUCUUUUCAGCAUAUUAAAAAAGAAAAGGUUGUUCACCACUUUGUUCAA